AUGCAAUGUUAUUUGGUUGUAUCUGCGCAAUUCGAAUCAAUUUGGCGACUCUACUUCGAUCCAUUACUUAUCGAAACAGUCGAUAGUCAUGAUGAUCGUGCCCGCAAAGAUGCCAUUGAUCAACCAGCAUAUCAUUCCAAACAAUCACUCACAGUGCGAUGGACAGAUGGACGUGAAGAUGUUUGUAGUGAUGGUAUUGUUCAACCCCGUGAACGUGUUGAUAAUCUUGUUCAUCAAGCAUUGAAUGUCUGUGAGAAUAAAGAGCAAUUAAUGAAUUUACUCAGUAGUAUGCAACCAAGUUUUAUCAAAGCUAUUCAUUUGUUCCCAGCUUGGCUACGUUUAUAUGGUCAUUUAAGCAAACUACCUUACUUUGACGUUACGAUUAGUCAAUAUCUUUUCGAACGUCUUCAAGAAGUGAAUAUGGAAAGUUAUGGAGCAGCAUUGGUUCAAUUCAUCUUUGAUUUAUUUAAUAUAUGGCCAUCGUUAAGUGAUAAUCAUCUACUCAAUUUAGUCCGUGAUCGCAUUGUUCAACUUAUUCGAGUACUUAUCAUGCAUAAGACCCAAGAUUCAAAUGUACUUAUUGAAAAAUUGACCGAACGCAUUUGUGCAAAUACACCAGCACAGAACAUACGUGGUCAUCUCUGUUUCUUCUUACUUCUAAGCGAUUUAUUACCAAAGUAUUACGAAGCUGGAUUAUCUGGUGCUAUUAAAAAAAUUGAUAAAAAUAUCUUGUUAUGGUAUGCUGAUUUAGUCUUAGCAGACAAUAAUGCAGAAGUUAGUGGAAACCACUCUGCUCUCAUGAUUAUCUUGAAAUAUAUGAGCAUGUAUACAGAAUACAAUCUACUUCGUGAAUGGUUUGAUCGCAUGGCAACACGUCCAAACGACUUGAUCUGUUUUCAACUCAUUGAAUAUUCACUAUGUCCUACAACAACAUUAGCAACGUAUGUCCAACACGCAACCGAUGUACAAGUCGAGCAACUACUUCAAUGUAUUCAAUCCAAUGAAGCUACACAAUUCAUUCCUAUUCUAUUGACAAUUCUUGAAUUCUUAGCUAAAAAUGCUCAAACACAAAGGUGUCUCUUUCGAUCCGAUCAUUUGUGUCGUGUCAUUCAAACAUGGUUAUCAUUAAUUAGUUUGCCUUCGAUAAUUUUCCGUCUCAUUCAAUUACUUCUUGAUAUUGGUUAUUCAAAAUACAGUAAACAUGCAAACGAUAUUGCUCAAUUUUUUCUGGGUGAAUAUUCGUCUACUUUGAUAUCAAUCAAUUUUGAAGGUCAUAGUCCUCUAGCUCUUAUCAUUUUAUUUAUUUCGUCGUUGGCAGAAACUGAUGAAACGAACAGGGAACUAUCACAAUUGCAACCUGAAAUUCUAAUUCAGAGUCUCUUUCGUACUAUUGAUGAAGUGACUGACGAUGACAAUAAUUCAAGUUCGUCGCAUCUGCUUAGUCUAAGUGGAGAAAUUAUCAAACAACAAUCACGUACUGUACUUAUUCAAUUACUUUCUUCAUUCAUUCCUGAUAUCAUGGGCCUAUUGGGUCGCACAGGUCAAAUGAAAAAAGCCGGUAUUAUUCUCCUAGCUGAAAUAUUAAAUUUGUCACCUAACGAGCGUUCGGUGUUAAUUGAUAAUGUUCAAGAUCAAUCGACAAUAGACAAUAUUAACGAUCUCUUAAACACCAAUCAAGAACAACAGACAUCAUUCUUCUCUAGUGAAGUCUCAAAUACAACAGAAAUCGUUCCAGUACGGCAUAACGACUUCAUCGUUGGACACAAGUUUCUGACAAAUUUGAAUGAUGCUGAGGCGGACAAAGUUGAUCAAAUUCUUCGAUCUUAUAUAUCCCAACAACGUUCAGAGAUAUGUCCUAUAAAUGAACAACAACAACGACAUCGACUUGUACUUACUGCUACAGCACGCGAGAAUGUAUCCAAAAUUCUUGAAGUACUCGAUGAUCCCAUUCCAAUUUUACUUGAAGGUAGCACUGGUGUUGGAAAGAGUGCUAGUGUUAUGGAAGCAGCUCAACAAUCGGGUCGUACUCUAGUACGUUAUAAUAUGUCUUCACGUGUCACUAUCGAUGAUCUUCUUGGUAAAGUAUCGCUCGUACCUGAUGUCGAAACUCAGACAACAAGUUUGAAAUUCGUCGACGGACCAUUUACUACUGCUUUUGCGCAUGGCUAUUGGAUACUAUUUGAUGAACUUAAUCUUGCUCAAGAUACAGUUCUUCAAGCCAUUGAAUCAGCUCUUGAUACACGCCAAUUAACUAUAAACAAUUCGAGCUCAGCUGAACAGUCAGUUAUCGUAUAUCGAAUGCAUUCAGAUUUUCGAUUGUUUGCAACACAAAAUCCAAAUACAGGUUUUUUUAAGGGUAAACGUGAAAAAUUAUCUCCAUCAUUUUUAAGUCGCUUUCGACCACUCGUUUUCAAAGAGUUACCAGACAAUGAAUGGCGUCAAAUCGUACAGCAACAACUGACACCUUAUCUACCUGAUGAAGCCGAAGCUUUGGCCGAAUUACUCGUAUUUAAGUUUAAUGCUAUUAUCAAGAAAGCAUUAAAUGAUCCGAAACACCCGUCUGUCGAAACGGGACCAUAUGCAGAAACAUCAAUUCGAGAACUUCUCAAAUGGGUAAAUUUACUUAUUUCUCAAAAGAACAAUGGAUUAUGGCCUCAUGAAAUAACGGCACGUGCCGCUCUACUCAGUUUUAGUGCCUGGUGUGUCUAUGGUGCACGAUAUCGUGCAGAAGAUCGUACUCUCAUCGAAAAUAUACUUACCGACAAUGGUAAAGGUGGUUUGGGUCGUCCAUCACUUCAAAAGAUCAAAACUAUCAUUGAUCAAGAUAAAAAUUAUAUUUAUUUUGAUACUGUCCGUUAUCGAGCCCGAAUUGAAAUACCAAUCGAAGAUCCAAGAACUGAAUGGACUCGCGCAUUUACAUCAUCUAAUCUUGAUACAGUUGAUUAUCAUCCAGACUUAUGGAGAAUAGCACUUGAAGCUCAUACUGCAAUUCAUAAAACCUUGCUAAACAAUGAAUUUAUUGGUUUACAUGGUAUUUAUCGAAUUAAUCGAUCAUGGCUUUGGGAAUGGCUUAUCUCGGCUGCACGUUCAAAUCUUUUCAAAUCACAGAAAGAAUUUGCCCUUCAUGGUAGUAAAAUGUAUCAAUGUCGUUUUCGUCACAGUGCAGCACAAGAAUUAGUUCGUACUUGCUUCAGUAAAAUUUUUAAGGAUCCUGAUUUGAUACGAAAGACAAUUGAUGAUUCAUUUGUAAAAUCAGAAAUGCCCUAUGUACUUACUGAUCGAACAUUGGCAACAUUGAAACAAGUAUGUUUCAACAUGAAUAUUAAACAACCAAUUUUAGUUACCGGUGCAGAAGGCUGUGGAAAAUCAGAACUUUUACUUACAUUGGCUUGGUUCUGUGGACAACGUGUCCAUCAAUUGAACAUAACGCCAGAAACGGAACCAUCAGCUCUUAUCGGUCAACUUGUUCCAAAUGAUAGUAAAGAUGAGAAUGAUCCAAAUUAUGGUCAAAAGCUUAUAUGGCAAGAUGGUUAUGUUACUCAAGCAUAUACAAAUGGUGAAUGGGUUCUUCUUGAUAAUCUUGGCGUAGCUGAAUCUUCAGUAUUAGAACGACUUAAUCCUGUUCUAGAACAAAAGCCUAUGCUUGUACUUACUGAACGUGGUGAUGUUAAUGAACAAACUAUUCAUGAUGAUUAUCAAUUAGUAGCAACAAUGACACCACCUGAUAAUCGUUCACAAUCACAAAAUAAUGCGAGUGGUUCAGCAAAUGAACUAUCACCAGCACUCUAUAAUCGUUUUGCUGUUAUUCAUAUGCCUGAUAUAUCGUUCGAUGUCACACAUGAUUCACAAGAAUUACUUCAGAUUACUAAAGCUCUGCUAUCCGAUGAACCUGGUAUCGACUAUACAUUGACUGUAGAAUUUUGUCGUGCAAUUCUCGAAUUCUACAUAAAGCAUACUAAAAGUUUUUCUAAAUUUACCAUGCGCAAUAUCAUACGAUUGCUUGAUAGUGCUUAUCUUCUUCAAUUACGAUUCAAAACUACACUGGAUUUUAUCUCUAGCUUAUGGACAGCAUAUCAUGUUACGAUUGCUAAUCAAAUUAAAGAUGAAAAUCUCAGAAAGGAAAUAACCGAUCAUGUCAAGAAGUUACUUACGAAAAAUCGUUCAUCAACUGACCUUCGUCAACCAAUAUUCACUGACUGGAUUCAUAAGAGUGACGAACAUAUUUUGACUGAAAGUCGAUUGAAUUAUGCUAAUGCAGUAUUAGGUGCUGUAACUUGCAAUAUUCCUCUUUUACUUGAAGGACCAGCAGCAGUUGGUAAGACUGCACUUAUUUCAUACUUGUGCAAGAAUCUGAAGACUCAAAUUUUUAAUAAUAACUCCAAUAGUGGCAUUCAACUCGAACGAGUAAAUAAUACCGAUACAACUACAAUUCAAGAUUAUCUUGGUACAUUUUUACCUGUCAAUGAUGGUUUUGCAUUUCAAAAAGGUGCUCUCUAUCGUGCAAUGGAAAACGGUUGGUGGUUCCUUGCCGAUGAAUUCAAUUUAGCCGAUCCAUCCGUCAUGAACAUGCUCUUUCCUUUACUAGAGGGUAAAAACGCUAUCACUAUACCAACCAGUGGUAAGAUUAUAACAGCUAAACCAGGAUUUCAAUUCUUUGCUACACAAAAUGAUGCAUCAUAUGCUAAUCGAUAUCAGUUACCAGUAUCAUUGCGUAAUCGAUUUCUUGAAGUACAGUUUGGAGAAUUUCUUGAUAAUGAACUACCACAAAUCAUUCUGCAACGUAAUGAACUCGGAAAAUUAAAACCAAAAUGUUUAACAAAAGACUCAGCUAAAGAACUAGCUCAAUUUUAUCAUCGAGUUCUUCGAACUCGAUCACGUAUUACAUUUCGUGAACUCGUUAAAUGGCUUCAUCGACAUGCAUUUCUAUCGCCAAACAAAGAACUUUGGUCGACUAUUGGUGCAUUAUUAUUAAGUGCUAAAUAUCCAGUCGAAUCUGAAGCACGAGAAAUAUUGAUUAAAGAUUUAAAAGAAACCUGGCCGAAAAUUAUUAUGUCAACAAAUCCACAGGUCGAAAUUAAAGACAUUGGUGGGCAAGUUCGUUUUCGAGAAGGUGAACUAUACGUUGAUGUACCGAAUAUAACAUUAGUUGACAGUCUAGUGCCAUCAUCACCUGAAACAUUUCUUCGUUCACUCACACGCCUUGCUCUAGCUGUUGCUGCUAAAGAACCUGUACUUCUUGUUGGUCCAACAUCAUGCAAAACUCUACUCGUUGAAACAUGGACUAAUCUUUCGAACCGAUCCCAUGAACUUAUCAAAGUACAUUUAACACCGGAUACAGAAGCUGGUGAUCUAAUUGGAGAAAUUCAACCAUACUCCUUUUUGGAUCUACUCAAACGACUACCAGCUAUGGCUGAACGUGUCUAUCUUCGUUUUCAAAGUCUUUGUCGGCAUCAUAAUAACACAGGAGUUUUGACAAUGAAAGAUGAAACUUUUCUACAACCUCUGAUUGAUGCAAUCAAGAUACAAUUGCCAGAUGCUAUUCGAAAAUUUGAAAAUGCCUAUUCACGUGAUGAAGAACGACGCCAACAGAACGAUCAAUUUCACGAUGAUUUUGAUGCACUUCGUGCACAGACCGAAUCUCUCAUGAUGCCAUUAUCACAAGACAAACUUAUAGGUGAUGUCGACAAUAACAAUAGUGAAUCAACAACAACAACAAUAUACAAUUUACCAUCUCAAUCGAAGCCAAUAACAAUCGAUCCUUUGUCGAGUUUUUAUGGACCAGACGAUUCUUUUGAUACUUUAUAUCAACCAGAUAAUGGACAAAACUACACAGGUGAAUUCUAUGAAUCAGGAGAUGAUGGUUUUGGUAAUUUUGGAGAUUACAACGGUCAAAGUUCAGCAACAACAAGUCAUAUUACCAAUUCGACAAACUUUAUUGAUGAUGAUGGUUUUGGUUUUCAAGCACUUCCAACACAAUCGAAUAUGCAAUUGGAAGAUUCUGCUGUCAUAUACGACGAUGGUUUUGAUCUGCCGGCAUAUGGACAAGAAUCUGCGGGACAGUCAGUAGAUCAAUCGUUAGAGACAAUACUCGAUGAUGGAUUUUCCAAUGUGAUCAAUACAACUGGACAUACCAAAACAUCUAUCUCAUCGAUAAUACCUCCGAAUCAAAGAGAUGAAACUGAAUUUCCUGACGAGCUUAUCGUUACCAUUGCCGAUAUUCGUGAACAAUUUAAAGCUAUACUUCAACAUACAAAUUAUGCUUCAUUCACUUCUAAAGAUGCAACACUGCUCGAUUAUCAAACAAAAUUUAAUGAUACAUGGGAACGUCUUAUUGCUUCUAAUUUCGAUUGUACGAAGCCUAUUUUUCUUUUUAAUGAUGGGCCUGUUACUAUUUCAGCAAAACGAGGUGGCAUUCUCUUUCUUGAAGAUCUCGAUCUACCAAGUCAAGCAGUGAUUGAACGACUCAAUUCGAUGCUUGAACCAAGUCCAACAUUUGCACUCACAGAAGACAUUACAAGUCAUGCAGAAAAAGGUCAACUUGAUAUUGUCUUAUCAAAUCAAUUUCAAAUAUUUGCCAGUGUACAUCAAGAACAAGCUCAUCAAUUACUCAAACUGAGUCCAGCAACACGUUCACGUUUCACAGAAAUUCAUGUACCAGCCUAUUCAGAAAAAGAACUUCAAGUUUUAAUAAAGUCUGAAAUGAUCAAACACAAUAUCAGUUCUAAUCAAAUUGAUUCAUUGGUUGAAAUCAUGUUCUCAUUGCGUCAAAAAUUACAUGAAGAUCCUGAAUGGAAACUUGAAAAUGACAUUCAACUUUUGUUUCGUUGGGCAGACUUCAUUGCUAAUCAUCAUACAUCGAUUUCACUGAUUCAUCGAAUGUUUCUCGGUGCUCGAUUUUUCUUUUUUGAUCAAUUACCCAUGUCAAGACAUGCUAGUCUAUUCGAAGAUUGGAAUAAAAAUUCGAAAUUGGGAAAGAAUUAUCAAGAAUAUGAACAUCUCUUUCGAGCUCCUAAACCUACAGAUGGAGCUAUUACAUUGGAAUCAAUUGAAUCAAUGGAUACUGAUGUAGAACCGACAUUACCAUUUGAAGUUACUCGUGAUUAUAUAUCAUUGAAAUAUACUGGUGUACGAUAUUCUUGCGAAAAAAACGAUGAACAAAAUCAAACAUUACAAACGAACGAACUUAAGCAACGUUUCUAUUGUGUACCAACAUCAACCUUAAUCAAUCAAAUUGCACGCAUUUUUGCAGCAACAUCGUCUAAAACACCACUUCUUCUUGAAGGUCCACCCGGUAUUGGUAAGACUCAAGUUGUCACACAAGUUUGUGCAUUACUAAAUAAAAAAUGUGAACGAAUCAAUAUGUCAGCUAAUACAUCACUUGAUCAAUUGAUUGGUUGUGUUAUUCCUCGGUUUGUCAAUGGUACUCGUAUCUUUCAAUGGCAAGAAGGUCGAGUAUUAUCAGCGAUUAAAGCUCAAAAAUGGAUUCUUUUCGAUGAACUCAAUUUAACCGCCCCUGAAGUACUUGAAGGUCUUACACCUUUAUUCUAUCGAGGUACUUCUCGGUUUGUUGUACCGGCUACUGGUGAAGUUGUCGAACUAAAAACUAUUCGUCUAUUUGCAACAAUGAAUCCAUCAACAAUUGGUGGUGGUCGUAAUAAAUUACCGCGUUCGAUAAGUAAUCUGUUUACUAUUGUACAAUUAGAUGAUUAUUCUGCAACUGAGCUUCGUAUUAUUCUUAAUAGUUUAUUUCAACAGGAAUUAACUAAAGAUAAUAUUAGUAUGUCUCAACUUGAUGCACUCUUUGAUCUACAUACAUCACUUAAAGAACUUGUACGCCAAGGUACAAUCGGACGAACAGGUGGACCCUAUGAACUUAAUUUACGUGAUCUAUCAAAAUUUCGUGAUGUGUUUCGUGGUUCAAUUGAAAGUCAACUAUUUCAUUAUCAGUAUAUGAAUACGACAGAUGACGAUGAGGAUUAUAAUCAGAAAGAGGAGGAGAACAACAACAAAGAAAAUAAAAUAACAGAAUUGAGUCCUACAAUGAAUGCAUCUGAUAGUCGUUUUUUAUCAAUUCGAAAAUUUGCUCAAGUCGUUUAUGCAUGUCAAUUUCAUGGUCAAUAUGAUUUUAUUAAAGCAUGUGAAAUGAUUAAUUCAAAAUUUCCCAUCAAUGCAACAUUAAGUAAACGUGAAAAUGAUUAUUCAAUAGAUACAACUGUAGUAACAGUAGUUCGAAUUGGUUCAAUCUAUAUUAGUACUGGCACAGAAGAACCUAUAUCAUCUGAUCAUGCUCUUAUUCAUACAAAGAAAACUAUUCGUCAAUUAGAAUUACUUGCUGCUGCAUGUCAAUCAAAACGAGCUAUACUAUUAGAAGGUGAUAUUUGUUCUCGAAAGUCAUCUUUAGUUAUGGAAUUAGCUCGUCUUACUCGUCAACGUCUUAUUAUUAUUCCAAUGCAUGAAAAUUUUGAAACAUCUGAUUUAAUUGGUUCAUGGCGACCAACUACUAAUAAAACACAACAUCAUCCAUUAUUCGAUAAAAUUGAUACAAUGUUUAAACAAAUUAUUAAAAUGCUUAUUCUUAUAAUAAUGCCAUUAUUAUCAAAAACAAGUAAUAGUGAAGUAUUUACUAAAUUUAAAAAUAUUCUUCGUCAACGAAUUCCAAUAUCUGGUUCAAAUCGAUAUGAAAUGAUUCCAUAUGAAAUUGAAGGUCUCAAUGAAUUAGUUAUAUUAUUACAUAGAUUAGUAAAAAUCUCCCAGUUAUCAAAUGAUGCUAAAGUACUUAUAUCAUGUUAUGCACGUCAAUCAGAUUAUUAUGCAAAUAAAUUAAAAGAUGUUCGUAUGGAUAAUAAACAAGAAAUGAGUUUUACAUUUGUUGAAUCUGAAUUUAUUCAAGCUAUUCGCGAAGGUUGGUGGGUUCUUUUAGAUAAUAUAAAUAGUGCACCACCUGAAGUAUUAGAACGUUUAAAUUCUUUAACUGAAGAUAAUCCAAUGUUAUCAUUAUAUGAAAAUUCUAAUGGACAAAUUUUAACACAAAAAAAUGGUAUUCAUCCAAAUUUUCGUUUAUUUACAACAGCUAAUCUUAAUCGAAUUUAUUCAAAUAAACUUUCAUCAGCAUUUCUUAAUCGUGUUAUUCGUAUUUGGUUACCACCGAUUGAUGAAUGUGAUUUAACAACAGAUGAUUCUGAUUUAACAACAACGGAUUUAUAUGAAUUAAUUUCAAGUCAAUUAUCAAAAAUUCCAGCUGGAAAGCAAUUAUCACAUUUACUUGUUUUAACACAUAUUAAUGUUAAACAAUAUGUUAAAGAUAGUCGUCUUAAUUAUCCAAGUGAUUUUAUGAUAACUUACCGGUUACUUGAGCAAUGUGUUAAUACACUUUGUUAUCUUGUUAAUAAGAAUGUAAAUCCAGUUGAUGCUUGUUAUUGGUCAUUAAUACGUUCAUAUUGUUCGUCAUUACGAGAUAUAAAUCAAUAUCGAUUUUUUAUAAAUCGACUUCAACAAAUAAUUGAUAAAUUACAACUUCGUUCAUCAUCAACAAUUUAUUCAACAGCUACAGAUCAAUUUGAUCAAAAACAAUUAUUAUGGUUACAAGAAGCACAAUGUAUUCGUUCACAUUUUAUUCAAUUUGAAAGAUUUCUUAUUGAAUUUCAAAUAACUUUAUUACAAAUACUUUCUUUGGAUAAUAAACAUAUAAAACAAACACGUGACUUAUUAAUUUUAUUUAUUGAUGAUAUUCUUCUACCAUUAAAGCCAUCUGAUGCACCAAUAAUUCAAUUAAAACAAAUCUUAAUUAAUGAGGAUGAUAAUAAUAUUAAACUUGAUCUUUCUCAAAUGUUGUUUGAAUUAGUAGAAUCAAAACAAUUAAAUACACAUUUUGAUAAAAGUCAAACAUUGGAUAUAUCAAAUUUUGUUCAAGAUUUUCUUACUAAUGGAUCAAAAUCUUUUCAAUCAGUUUGUGAUCAAUUAAGUAAUUUACUUGAUAUAUUUAUACGCAAUACAUCAUUUAAUGAUACAGAUCAACGUUUAUCAUUUCUUCAACGUUCAAUAUCAAUAAUUGAAAUAUUUCAAAGAUUUUUUAUACAAUAUCUCCGACCUUUAUUAACAUUUAAAGAUAAAUUAAAAUCUUAUGAAUUAUUCAAUGAUGUUGCUUUUAUUGAUGCAAAAGAUCAAUUUCGUUCUCAUUUAUUUACACAUUUUGAUACAGGAAUUAUUUGGUCAUUUGAACGUGCACAAACAUUUCCAAUACGUUUAUCAAGAAAAGAUUUACGUAAACUUAUUCAACAUAUUAUUAAAGAUCAAACAAAUCCAAAUAUUAUUUUACCAUUAGAAUAUUUUUCUACACUUCAAGAAUGGAUUGGUUUACAAUGGACAUUUGAUGAUUAUUUAACUGUUAGUGUACGUGAUGCUUUACAAAAAAAUCUUCCAAUAACAAAUGAUUUUAUUCUUGAUUGUGAAUUUAAAUUUUCUUCUUGGGAAUUAUCAAAACAAUUAUCAUUUAUUAUUGAAGAUAUCAUAAAAGAUUUACCAUCUCAAUCAAAUACAAUUAAUAAUGAUUAUUUAAAUAUGAAAAAAGAUCUUGAAAAUAAACAAGAUCAAUCUAAUCAAUGUCAAUUAAAUAUUGAACAAAUUAAAAAUAAAAUUCUUAUGAAAAAAACUGAAUCAACUAAAACAGAAGGAACAUCAACUACAACUAAUCAAACAAAUACAGCAAAACUUCAAAAAACUAUGUCAUUUUUUGAUCCUGAAUAUGAUGAUUUAACAAGUAAAUUAACUUCAUAUGAAAAUGAAUUUAUUCGAUUAGGUGAACAAUUAAAUUAUUUAAAUAAUCAAUAUCAUAAAAUUGAACAAACACGUUCAACAAUACUUGAUAAAGCAUUAAAUGCAUCUACUAAACUUCAAAAUGAAAUACAAAAAUUAAUUAAAUCUGUUCCUUAUAAAUUUAUUCAACAACAUUUUCAACAAUCCGAUGCAAAACAAUUAAAUUCUCUUUAUCAAUUACUAGUUGAAGCAAAACAAAAUUCAAGUUUAAUUAAUGUUGAUGGUUUACUUGAUUUACGUGCUGUUUUAGCAACACCAUUUGGUCGAAUAUUAAUUCAACAUGAUGAUAUUCUUCAAACACCACUUAUUUUUAUUUUAUGUAAUUUUUUUGUUUUACCAAAUUUAUAUAAUCAAUAUCGAUUUUAUUUUAUUUCCGAUUGGAAACAAUUACAAAAUGAUUUCGAUAUUCGAACAUUUAAUCGUUCUCAUCUAGUUUUUUAUUGUCCAACAAAACAAACAUUUGAUUCUUGUUUAUUUACAAUUGAAAAUCAACCACGAAAAGUUUUAAUUACAAUAUGGAGUUUACAAGAAUAUAUUGAUAUUAAUGGUUUUAAUGAAAUAUUAGAUGAAAUUUUACCUAAUGAAAUUGAACAUAAUAUUGAACAAGAACAAUUAUCUGAUAUAGCUAAUACAUUUACUAAUAAUAAUUAUCAAACAUUUGGUUUAGCUUGUUUAAUACAUUUACAUGAAAAAAGUAGUUUAUCAACACCCACAACUGAUGAAAUGUAUAAAAAAUUAAUAAUUGUUUUUGAUCAAUUAAAACAAUUUGUUCAACAUAAUUCUUUGCAACAUAAAUCAUUACCAAUUUUUAUUUAUCAAAAUUUAAAUCGUUUUGAAAAAGAAUUAGAAUCAUUUAGUUUAAAUAAUUAUGCAAUGAAUCCCUGGUUGGUAUCAGUUGAACAAAUGUGGAAUUUAAUAAAACCUUAUCAAAAUAUAUUUUCAUCAAUAAUAACACAAAAUAUUCAACAAGAAUUAAAAUAUACAAUUCAAUCAGUUCAACCACCAAAUUUAAGUAGUCGUCUUACAUCAUUAGCUUAUUUACAAACAUUAACAAAUAAAUAUGCAUGCAUACAUAUGAUAAUUCAACAUUUACAUGAUGAUAUUAAUUUAACAACAACAACAGAAAAUAUAAAAGAUUUUCAAAUAUUUUUUGAUUUUAUUAAGAAAAUGAAUCAUUUAUUAAAAUUAAUAAAUCAACAUAUAUUAUUUGGUGGUUAUCAAUUAACAGAUCAAUUUUAUAAAUCUACACCACAAAUUAUUUUUCAUUUUGAAACUAUAUUUCGUUCAACAUUAUCAAUAAUUGAUAUUAAUAAUGGACAAUUAAAUAUUUCUAUUAAACAAACAUCUUCAACAUUAAUUCAUUUACAAAAACAACUUGAUCAAUAUUUAAUUGAUCUUCAUGUACCAAAUAGUCUACUUGCAAAAUAUAAUCUUCUUAAUAUUGUUAUUCAUUUAUCACCAUUAUUUGAUGAAAAUCGUUCUCAGUUAUUAUCAUCAUCGAAUCAAAAUAAUAAUUCUUUAAUUAAUGAUGAUCCAAAAGAAGUUCGAAGACAAACAAUACAAAGUCAAAUUGAUACUAGUAUCAACAAUUUAACUGAUGUUCUAUCACGAGCUGGUCAUCUUUCUAUACGCCCACAUUAUAUUAUUCAACGUAUUCAUUCAGCUUUACAUCGAUUAAAAAAAUUUGAUAUUAUUAAAGAAACAGAUAAAAAUUUAACAGAUCUUUUAAAUGAAGAAAAAAUUUUAACUGAUUUAUUAAAUAAAUUUAAACGAAAAAUUGAUCAAUAUACAUCAUUUAAUGUUACAUUACCUAAUGAUAAACCUAUUCGACAAUUAACUGAUAAAGAUAUUCAAUUUGAGAAUACUUCAAUUAACAUUUAUGAUCAUCAACAAGAUUUUAAAAAAUAUUCAGAGAAAAUACAUAAAAGUAGUCAAGCUAAUCAAUCUACUCAAUUAAAUCAAAUAAUUCGUUUAACACUUACACAAGUAUCUGAUCAAACAUGGAUAAAAGCAAUGUCUUUAUUAACAACAAAUAAUCAAGAAGAAUUAAAAAAAAUAUUAAUGAUAUUAAAUGAUGAUUUAGCUAUGCAAAUUGAACAAGAAUCAACAAAUCAAGAUAAUACAAAUAAUACAUUAAUUAAUAAUAUAAUAUUAGGUUAUGCACAAUUUCGAUGUGAUUUACUUAAUGAAGAAACAAAACGUGGAAUGUUAUCAAAUUAUAUUGAUGUUGCUCGUUUGUCAAGUGAACUUCGACAAUGGACAACAAAAACUGAUUUAAAUGUAUUUAAUAUGUUAGAAACUAUACGAAAAUUUAAAGAUGAUCUUAAUUUAGCACAUAAUCAAAUGAAAAAUUUUACAAGUAAUGCAAGUUGUAAUCUUUUACCUGUUAUUAUACGACCUGAAGACCUUAUUUGUUUAUUAGCACCUGAGUAUACAACAACUAUAGAAAUUAUUUUUCGAAAAUUUAAUGAAAUUGAUUUAUUUCUUUCAUGUCGUAUUAAUAAAAUUGAACCAAUGCAAUUAUCAACAAUACCAUCAAAUAUUCAAACAGAUAUUGGUCUAUCAAGUUAUAUUUAUCGUCGAGAUAAACAAAUAAUAUCAUUAUUUGAUAAACAAAAACAUAUUCAUUCAUUAAUAAAUAUAACAUCAAAAUUUGUUCAACAAUUAAUUGAUAUUUGUAUUGAUCCAAAAAGUCAUCAAACUUUAUUAAUGAAAAUUUGUACAAGUAUUAAAGAACUUUUUCCAAUUCAUAUAGGACUUUCAUUUGGAUUAUUAAUAUUAAUAAAUUCAACUGGAAUUUAUCUUGAAGAUUUUAAACAAAAUAUACGUUUAUUAAAGAUAACAACAUUAAAAGAUGAACACGAUCAUAUAAAACAAAUUGAAUUUAAAUUACAAAAAUUAGAACAAGAUUUUCUUAAAUAUGAAAAUGAUUUGAAAACAAUUCGUCAAAAUCGUGAAGAUGCUGAACUUGAACUUCAUUGUGUUACAAAUGAAUCAAUUUCAUUAAUUGAAAAUAAAACAAAUCUUGUUUUAGAAUGGCGAACAAAAGAAAAUGAAAUGAAUAAAAAUGUUGAUAUGAAAAGAAAUGAAAUUAAUAAUCUUAAACAACAACUUCAAGGAUUUAUUGAUAUAUGUCAAACAAAACAAGAACAACAACAAGAACAAUGGUUAAUUGAUAUUUUACAAUAUCUUAAUAAAAUCUCGGAAAAAAUUCAAAAUUAUAUUUUAAAAUUAAAUAAUAAAUCUUCAUUAUCAUCAUCGACAAAUCUUCCUGAUUUACUUAAUAUUAUUAUUGAUAUAAUUCGUCAACAAUUACAUGAACCAACUAAAUUACUUAUUGAUGAAAAUGAAAUAAAAAUUUUAGAAAAAGAUAUUAAUGAUUUAUUAUUUGAAAUUCAAAAUCAUUUAAUGAAAUUAAUGGAAAAUGAUCCAAUGUAUUCAUUUAUUUUAUUUUAUUGUCAUUUAAUACGUAUGUCUUUUUCAUCAUUAUUAAAUUCAUUAUCAAGUUGGACUAAUUAUUCAAAUAUAUUAAAAACAUCUCAAAUGAAAUUUUAUGGAGAAAAUCUUAAAAAAAAACAAUUAUCGAAUUUAACUAUUAGAACAAAUGAACAAUGUCAUUUAUUUUUAAAUGAAAUUCGUCAAGGUUGUCAACAAAAUCAAAUUAUGAAACGUGCACAAAAUAUUAAAGAUUAUGUUCAUAGAGAAGUUACUAAUUUUGAUAUAUCAAUGACUGGUCAAGAUGCACAACAAAUGCAAUUUUUAAUACGAGAAUUUGAAAGAUUUGUUAUUAAUUUACUUAUUGUUGGUUGUCGAUUUUUACAAUUACAACAUGGAAUAAAUGAAACACUUGAUGAACUAUUAAUUGAUAUAUCAAUUGAAAAUCUUGAUCUUAAUUUACCACGUACAGAACUUGAUUUACUUAAAUUACUUGAAAUACGUCAAACGCAAUUAGAAAGUCAUCAUAGUACUCUAUUAUUUCUUACAUUACAUAUUGUUUUUGAUUUUAAUUCAAAUCCAUUUGGUUUAUUUGAUCAACUUGAUCAUUCAAUACAAGCAUUUACAAAACUCUUAUUACCAUCUGCUUAUAUGAUUAAACAAACCUGGUUAACAAUUGAUGAAUUAAUUGAAAAAAUCUCGAAACAAAUAAAAAUCGAUGAAUAUGAAAUUCUUAUUGAAAUUUGUAAAGAUUUUGAAUGUUUUAUUGAUAAAACUAAUCAAAUUGAUAAUCAUAGUCAAUUUCUUAUUAAAUUAUUUGAAUCAAAUUUAUUAGAAAAAAUUUCAAAAAAUCUUAAUAAAUUAUCUGAAGAACUAAUUGAAAAUCGUUCAGGAAUGAAAAUGUUUAGUGAAGAUUUAAUUUUUCGUUGGAAUACAACAAUUAAAGAAAUUUUACGUGGUUUUAUUCAAACACAAAAAUAUUCAAUUCAUCGACAACUUGAAUGGAAUCAACGAAAAAUGAAAAAAUUUUCAGAAUUAUUAAUCGAUGAUGAAAAUUUAAAUACAAAAUUUUGUUUAUCUGAUAUUGAUAAAAUUUUACAAAGAAAAAAUCUUGUUUUUGCAUCAGUUAAUUUUGAAAUGAAAACAAAUUAUUUAAAACAAUUUUAUCAUCUUGAAAUAAUUUAUCAAUUAACACUCGGUGGAAUUGAUAAUCUUGAAUUAAUUAUUAUUAAUAAACCAAUCGAAUAUAUGGAUUUUAUUAUUAUUAAAGAAUUAUUUAUUUCAACAUUAAAUAUUUAUAAAAAUAGUCAAAAUAUUCUUCUUCAACAACCAUUUUAUGAUUUUAUUCGUAAUAAAACAUCAAUUAAUCAAUCAUUUCAAUUAAUUGAAGAUAUUUAUCGACAAGAAUCAAAAAUUUUUCAAAGUUUUUGUAAAUUAACAAAAGAACAAGUCAAAAAUACUUAUGAACAAUUAGUUAAUUCAAAUGAUUUUCAAUUAAUUCUCAAUCAAAAUAAACGCGCUGAUCAACAAUGGCAAAUAACUGGACAAAAUUUUGUUGAAUUACGAAGUAAACACCGAAAAUCAACUAGAGGAGUUUGGGGAACAUUGGGACAUGGAUUGUUAAGUAUUGGAGGAAAACUGAUGUCGCCAUUUUUAUCAAAUUCAACUCAAUCAACUCUCAAUGAUAUUGAUAAAUUUUUUGCAUAUGUAUUGCAAGAUACUUUAUUACUUAUGCAAUCAGAACAAAUUGGUAAUAAUCAAAUAUUUACAAGGGCUCAUUCAGAAGAAUUAGAAAAACUUAUUCAUUUACAUAAACGAUAUAAAAUAUCUUUGAAUUUAAGAGAAUUAAAUGAAAGUUUAUUUCCUAAAUCUAAUCAAAUCUAUCGUUUUGAAAUUAAUUGUUAUAACCAUCAAUUACAUAAGAUUCUUAUUCUAUUUUGGAUAUCCAAUACUGAACAACCAUUUUUAUUUUUACCGAUAAAUUUAACUGAGCGUUAUACAAAAUUUUAUCUCAUUAUUAACACACCAGUAACACAUUUAGCGAUCGAAACUGACUUUUGUGCUGGAAAUCAUGAAAAAUGGUCAAAAUUAGUUGAUCACCGAGAAAAAUAUCGAAUAAAGGAUAUCGUAGAAUUAAAAUGUGAAAAAAUUUCAACAAAUUAUUGUUAUACAGUAAAUAGUAUUGCAGAUACACUUUCACCAACAAUGAUUCCAUCUCGUUCUCAGAUAUUACAGAAUUUACAAGAUUUAGAAGAACAACUUGAAAAUCAAAUAACACAUUCAAAAGAAGGAGAUUUAUUCAGAAAAUCAUUGAUUACACCAGCAUUUCAAUUAGUUACAAAAAAUCUUAAUGAAAUUAUUCAAAUAAUUCAAUGUCCAAAUUUACAUGAAAAUGAUUUAUUAAAUACAACAAAUAUUUAUCAAUUAUUUAUGAAAUUUCCACGUUCAGAUGUACUUAUUAAGGCAUUAAAUCUUCUACGAAAUGAAACUUUUUCAUCAAUUUCAUCAACAAUACAAUUUGUUGAUGAUAAUGAUCCAGCAUUACGUAUUACGAGUUUUGAUCUUGUUUGGACUCAUUCAAUGAAAAAUGCUUUUACAUUAAGUCGACAAUGUUUAAUUGAUGGUAAUACACAAAUGAAUAUUUUUAUUAAUCAUUUACGUCAAAUGAAAUCUUAUCUUAUUCUUGCUUAUGCUUGGGCUAAUUCUUUAUCAGAAAACUCAUCAUCAAAUAUUCAACAAGAAUUUUCUUCAAUGUUAAAUGAAUAUAAUCAAAUACCAAAAUUAUCUAAUCAAGAAAAUAUUGAAUAUUUAAAUGAAUGUCAAUCGAUAAUAAAUGAUGCACAAAGAAUUUAUCGAACAAUUAAACGAACAUCAAAUAAUUGGAUGGAAAUAAAACGCCUUCUUAAUUUAACAACAUUUUCAAUAGAACCUAAUUUAAAUAAAGCAUUUAGUCAUUCACAUAUGAGUCGUGAUGCUCACUUAUGGUUAAUUGAAACAAAAACUAAUGAUAAUACAUUAAUUAAAUUAGAAUCUCAUCCCCAACCAGCUAUUCUUGAUUUUGGUAUUACUCUUGCUCAUAUCCAACAAAAAUUAAUUCAACGAAUUUUUAUUCAUAAUCAAUCAGAUCGAGAUUUAUUUUUAUGUAUUGAUCGACCAACAAAUGAUAAUCCGAUAUUUGAUGUUACAAAUGAAAAUAUUCAAUUAGCUUCUUCAGAUACAUAUCAAUUUGACAUUUUAUUAAAAUCACCAACUACAAUUGGUUUUACAAAUGAAAAUUGGAAUCUUUUGAUUGAUAAGAAUUAUACAAUUACGAAUGCAAUUCAAUUACAGACACAAACAGUUGAAAUUGAUGUUGAACUUUCAAGUGAUAAAAUUGAUUUUGGUUUAAUACCGUGUAAUAAUCAUCAAAUUGAAAAAUCUAUUUUUUUUAAAAAUGUUUUACCAUGUUCAGUACGUGUUAAAGCACAAAUACAAUCAACAGAAACAAAUCGUUAUCAAUCAAAUUUAAUUAUUUUAAAUAAUGAACUUGAAAUACCAGCUGAAUCGACAAUAUCAUUUAAUAUUGCAUUAGAAUCAUCAGAAAAUAUUGAAGAAGAUAUUGAUGUUGAUAUUUGUUUAGCAAUUAAUACAGCAAAAAAUUUUAAAUUAUUUAAAGUAUUAGGAUAUAUUCGACAAACUCAUUUAAUGCUUUUAUAUCAAGGUCGUAUUAUUAUGGAUAAUAAUCAAUCAAAUCGUUUACUUAUUCCUGAUUUUUAUAAAAAUGAAAAACGUCGUAUUCCAAUUGAAUUUCAAAAUACUGGACAAAUUGAAUAUACACUUCGUCUUCAUUCACCAACACUGAAAUUAAUAACAAAUGAUAUUCAUAUGCCAGUUAAUGAAAAGAAAACUAUUAAUAUUGAAAUACAAAUGAAUAAUAAUACACAUCAAGAAUUUAUUCUUAAUAUUGAUUUUAUUAAUAAUAAACGACAAUGUCAAUUAAUAUUUGUUUGCGAAACAUCUUUUGCUAACAUAACUUAUUCAAUUCGUAAUGGUGAUGAUAAACAAAUCAUUAAUAUAUCUGAAAAAGCUCAUAUGGAACAAAUAUGGAACAGAAAUACUUCUCAAUUAAACCCUAUUGAACAUGAAAUAACAUUUAAAAAUUCUGGUAAAGCUGCAGCUAUUAUUAAUUUCAAUGAAAUUGUUUCAAAGAAAAAUCCAUCAAGUCCAUUAACAUCUCAUUUUCAUAUUGAACCUGAUCAUUUUUUUGUUUUACCACAAUCAACAGUUCCUGUACGUUUUAUUUAUCAUCCAAUUGAUUUACGAAUAUUUGAUGCUGAAGUAAAACUUCAAUCAAACAGUUCUACUACUCUACUCGCUAUUCCUUUUCAUGUUGAAUUUCAAACACCUAUUUUAAGAUCUACACCACGUACUCUUAUUGAUAUCGGAUCAAUACAAUCAGGACAGAUUUUUAAACAAAAUGUGUUAAUGUUAAAAAAUACUGGACAAAAAAAACUUCGUUUUACAAUAUCUGAAUCAAUUUUAAAACAACCAUUCGUUAAAUUAGCUACUUUACAAGGAUCAUUAACACAAACUCAAUUAACAUCAGUUAAUCAAUCUUUUCCAAUUAUUCCAAAUCAAACACAUUCAUUUUCUGUUAAAAUUGAAUGUGAUACAAUUGAUAAUCAUAAUUUUCAAUCAGAAAUUCUUGAACUUGCACAAAUUGAGUUAACAAGUUUAUGUGAUCCAAUUAUUGAUACUGAUGGAAAACUAAUUAAUCGACCAAUAACAAUUAUUAUUAUUGGACAUACAAUACCAUUUGCAACAUUUGCAUUACCAAGUAAUUCGAAUUGUCAAAUAUGGUCUGCACUUAAUCUAUUACCUUCGUUAUGGUUAUAUCGUAUUUGUCGAGAACAUUCUAUUCAUAGUUCUUAUGCUCCAUUAGUAGCACUUACUGCUAUUGCUCAUAUAUGUGGAUCAGAUAAAACAAAAUCUUCAUUACCUGAAACUCAAGAUGACUGGUCAACAUUUUGUUUUAAUCUUUCUCAAGGUAAAACAGAAAAAGUUAUACUUAAAUCAUUUAAUGAUGGUAAUACUUUAAAUAAUUCUAUUGAUACAUUAAGUACACAUCUUCGAUCUUCAUUUACGAAUUAUCGUUCAUUUUUUUAUCAUUCUCAAUUAUUUCAUCGUUCGUUUAUGAAUAUCGAUUCUAUUCGACUUCAACUGUUAUCUGUAAUAAAUUCUGCUGAUGAUAUUGAUGAAGCAUAUUCAAUGCAAAAUUAUGUAUCCAAAUUCUGGAAUAUCUUUGAACAAUGUACACCUGAUGAUGCUUAUCAACAAGCAAUUAAUCUUAUACAUUUCUGUGUUAGUAAUGAUUGUGCUAUGCCUAAAAAUGUACGUGUUUUCAGUGAUUUAAUUCAUCAAAUAAUUCAUUCAUCAACAACAUUCAAUGUUGCACAACAAUUAUCUACACUCAUACCUUCAACUGGUACAUUUGGUGAAUUAUUAACUAUAUCAACAACAUCAUCUGAUUUAAAAUGGACUCUACUUUUUGGACUUAUUAAUGAUCAGAUUAAACAAAUAAUGAUUAGAUUAAUCAAGAAUGAUUAUCAAGCAUUACUUGAUUUACAUUUGAUUUAUUUUAAGCAACAUCAAUCAAUUUCAAUACAACGAUCAAUGCUCGAAGCAUUCAAAAAUGCAAAUCAUUUAUGGAAUACAUUAGAUUCAAAGCAAAAAUCUGAUUUACUUUCACCGCUCUUUGUUGAUAAUAUAGAUUUAGUUCAAAUUAUUCAAGGAGUAUCAGAAAAGAAACAAGCUGAACUUAAUCAUUUAAUAUUAGUCACAAAUAUCAUUCUUAAACGAUUUAAUAUAUCUCAAUCCUUGUUGAAUCAAAUUGAGAAUAUUUUCAAGAGAACUACCUCGUAUGAUAUUUCUACUGCACUUGGUACAUAUUUUAAUAUGUCGUAUCAGCAACGGGAAUCUCUUGCUUAUAAAAUUUAUCUAUUUAAAACAUCGUUGGUUGACUAUGGUAAUAAAAAUCGAUCAAUUGAAAAACUUAACAUUGAACCAUAUUGUGAUAUCAUACGUCAGCUUGUCCCACUUAGUUCUGAUCAAUGGAAUUCAGCAAAGAAAGCGAUUGCAAUGCUUGGGCAGUUACUAUGCGAUGCCGACAACAAAAACACGAUAGUAGCUGUUACUGUUGGUCAAUCUCUUCAUCUUCUUAAUGUACUCAAUCCUGAUAAGAAUUGGUCUUCAAUCAAAGGAUCUUAUGUACAAAUCUGUUCUACACCAACUUGGGAAACAAUAUCCGACUUCAUCAAUACAAUUGGUUGUAAUCAAGAAAUUAUUCAAUUGACAAAAACAUUUCAAGAUAAUAAUAAUGAAGAAACAAUAGCUGAAACUGUGUUAAAAUUGUGCCGUCUUGUUUCAACAAAUGAUCAAAUCAACUUAUUGAGUACACAUGAAUCAUCAAUUCGUAAUUUACAAAUAACUACAACAUCACCUGUCGAAUUAUUGACACAGAUUCAAUCGUUUGUUUCACCAGAAAUUAAAAAUAAAAUUAAUGCUUAUCUUACUUUAUUACGUUUGUCUCCUCAAAAUUUACUCGCUGUCGAUGAUUACAAUCGUUAUCUUCUAUUUGAUAAUAUCGUUCCAUCAUGGUUAACAUUAUUUAAUAUCACUUGUCCUAAAUUUCAACGCUUAUUUGAAGCACUUUCAUCAAUUUUGACAUCAUUUCCAGGUUUAAUAACUGCUAGAGGAAUUCCAUUAUGUCAACAACUUUAUACAACAAGUAUAUCAUCAGCAUUAUGUACACUUGCGAAUUGCCGUCAAAAUACUCGUGAAGGAUUCAUUGAUACUUCAUCAUCUAUUCCAACGACCAGUUCUCCAUCUAUUCUUGAAACUAUUCAUCAAACACUGAAACAGCAUAUUUCUCAAAAUGACCCACCAAAAUCAACAAUCAAUAUACCAGCACCUACAACAUCAUCACCACCACCACCAACAACAACUGCAACAACAACGUCAACUCCAUGUCCAUAUUCUGAAGAAACUCUUAAAAAAAUGGAAACAUCUGUCAGUCACUAUUUGAAAAAUAAUGUUCGACAAUCUGUUCGUUUCGAUGAAACGGAUACAAUUCGUGAUAUUGUCAAAGCAGCAUUAGAUUAUCGUCCACAAGUAGCACAAUGGUAUGCUAUUUUUGCAACAUUCAAUGUUCUUAUGCAUCAUCGAUCGAAUGCAACUGAUCCCAAUCAAAUUGCUGAUGGUCAUAAAAUAGUCCAAUAUGGUUUACAAUUAUUACGUGAUAUUAUUGUUGCAAAAAAAAUUCUUGAGCCGACAUUUGCUUAUACAGGUGUUCGAUUUUUAGUUAAAGAUCUUACACAAUUAGAAAAAUGUUUACUUUCGUUAGCUCUCGAAAAUUAUCCAUUAUUACUCAAUACUUUACGUCAAUUAAAUGUAGAUACUACUCAACUUCAACAAGAUUUUAAACCGCCUUCACGUUCAAUUGGUUCGAAUAAUGGUAUUUCAAAGAAAACUAAACUCGAACUUAUUCAAGAAAUUGGUAUGACAUCUGAUCCUACUGAAUUGAAUACUACAACUGAACCAACAGUGACCAGUAAUGAUGAUAUACCAUUGACGAUGGAUGAUUGGGAGAAUGCCAUGCAAAAAACUGAUGAUCAACAACUCGAAGAUAUUAUGAAAAUAACUAAGCACAAAACAAAAAACAAAUCUAAAAAACGAAAAGUUCAUAAUUCAGGUAGUUCUAUUCAAACUAAUGUGGGAAAUUUAGCAAGUGCCAUGUUAGCUCAAAAUACAAAUAAAAUGAAAGCAUCUUCAGCUAGUGAUACUACUGGUACUGGUGAUAUACCUGUAGAUGAUACAGAUGGUUCUCAACAAGUCGAUAUUGAUUUGAAAAUGAUGGCUAUGCAUGAACAUUUACGAAAACAACCGAAUUUAAUUGAUAUGUAUGAAAAAGCAAAUACGAAAGUUGUUUCAACACUACCCGAAGGUAAAUUAGAUAAUCGUUCAGCACUUAAAUCAAAUACAAAACCUGAUCAAUGGACUUAUCAAUUACUUGUUGAAACGCCAGCAAUUGCUCGUAUGAUAGAUACAAUUCUACAAGAAUUUCGUUUAAAUUGGGAAAAAUUAAUAAAUAAUGUGAAUUUAUUAGAUCGACAUGAAAUUCGUUGGUGUAUUAUGAUUGAUAAUUCAGGUUCAAUGAGUAUUCAUCGUACAAUUAUCUAUGAAACAUUAGUUGUUAUUAUGGAACUUUUACGUAAACUUGAAACAAGAUUUGCUGUUGCACGUUUUGGUACACGAAAAAAUCAGAAAAUUUUAAAAAAUCUUCAUGAAUUAUUUACUAAUCAAGAUGGACAAUAUGUUCUUGAAGCAUUAACUUUUGAUGAAGGAACUUAUCCUGCUACUGGUUUAGCACGUGUUGCUGAUCAAGUUUUUCCAAAGGGAAAAGAUUCAAUAACUUCAUCAAAUACAAUUGUUCAUCGUCUUGUUCUUAUGAUAACUGAUGGUUUAACAGAAGAACGUGAUGGAGGAAGUUAUUCACGCACAAUUACAAAAAAUGAUAUUAAACUUGGUUUUAUGUUUAUUGAAACAGCUGAACAAAGUAGUAGUCAAGUUCUUCUUAAAGGUUUAGGACAAGCACAACAUUGUGUUCUGAAAACAGAUGAUAUUAAAGAAUUACCAAUUAAAGUACCUGAAUUAAUGUAUCAAAUGAUUAAAGCAUGUUUAACAACAUCAUCAUCAACAACAACAGCGGCAACAUCAAAAUCAAUAUUUCCUAUAAUUAAUAUUAAAAUGCCUAAUAAAAUCGAAGAAUCAAAUACUGAAAAAUUAAAAUAUGACGCAGAAAAUCAAAGUUCAUAUACAAUUAGUAGUCCAACAGCUACUAUUCCAAAAUUGACAGAGGUAAAAUCUCAAUUAAUGAAUUAUUUGUCACGUUCAGAUGAAUAUACAAAUUAUGCAUCAAAGGCAAUUGAUGAACUUCGUCAAUAUUAUCAUAAACUUGAAAUAACAUCAAAAAUGCAAGAUAUAGAAAAGAACUGGAUUGCAGAUGAAUUUGCUUUUUCAAGUCUUAUCGAUGAUUUAACAGUUGCAUUUGGUGAUGUUGUUUUUCCAUAUAAUAAAUUUACACGUCGUCGAGCAGCAUUACGUGGUUCAUCACUUUAUUUACCUGGUUUAAUUAAAGCAAUGACAACAGAAUGGAGUUAUAAGAAAAUUUUUAGUGCGAAAUUAGCUGGUGGUAAACGUGAACACGCUGUUUGUCUUGUUAUUGAUGUUUCAACAUCAAUGUUUGGUACACUUAGUAGUGGAAUUAUGGAUGGAAUUAUUGUACUUAUAGGUGCUUUAAAAAAACUCAAUUUAGAUAAUUGUGGAAUUAUUAUUUUUGGUCGAGAAGUACGUUUAAUUAAAACAAAUGAACAAUCAUGGGAUACUGGAUGCAUUUCAACACUUAUUAAUGAACUACGAUUUGAUCAAGAUGAUGAUACACAAGAUGCUGAUGCUAUUGAAGUUGCUAUUGAUCUUCUUAAUCAAUGUUCAGUACGUGGUGAAAAAAAAAUAUUUAUUUUAACUGAUGGUUAUACGAAUUGUGCUAGUCAUAUAACAAUGGUACAACAACGUGCAGAAGAUAAUGGAAUUGAUUUAGUUGCUAUAGCUAUUGGAAUUGACCAAACUAAUUUAAAAUCUGUUUAUAAACGAUAUAUUCAAUGUGCUACACCAUAUGGUUUACCAAAAGCCAUACGAUCUUUAUUUGAAAAUGAACCUCAAUUAUGUUCACUUGAAUGGUUAAUUAAAAAAGAUAUUGGAAAUACAUCGAAUACAAUUUUAAAACAAAGUCUUUUUGAAGAUUUACAAUCGAAAAAAGUCUUUAAUGAUAUGAUUAAAGAUUUAGCUGGUCAACGUGAAUUAAUGUUAAUGAAUAGUGGUCAACCACCAUCGAAUAUUACAGUUAAUAUAUGUUUUUGUCUUGAUUGUACAGGUAGUAUGUCUCGAUGGUUAUCAGCAGCUAAAGAACAAAUGAAAAAUAUUAUUGAUGGAAUUACAAAACUUAUUCAAAAAGAAUAUCCAUCACUUAAUUUAAAAUUAUGUUUUGCUAUUGUUGCAUAUCGUGAUAUUAAUAAUAGGCCACAAUUUUUUCUUCAAGAUUUUACAGAUAAUACAACAGAAGUAAUCAAUUUUCUUAAUAGAUUAACAGCAGGUGGUGGUGAUGAUUUACCAGAAGAUGUUCUUGGUGCACUUGAUCAAUGUUUAAAUUUAAAUUGGAGUAAAACAAAUGCUCGUUUUAUUGUACUCAUUACUGAUGCACCAGGUCAUGGACCAGAACUAAAUGAUAAUCUUGCAAUCGACAACUAUCCACAAGGAAAUGGUAAACAUACAGUACAAUCAAUUUGUGAUCGUCUUUUAACUGAAGAUAAAGAAAUUGAUCUAAUGUUUUGUCGUAUAAAACCAAAAGCUACAGCUAAAAUGGAAGCGGCAUUCACUAAAUAUUACAAUGCUAAAAAAGAUGAAACUGGUAAAGUAUUUACUUCAAUUCAAUUGUUUGAUGAAAAACAACAAGAGAGUCAAUCAUUUCAUUUUGUCUUCGUACUUGAUGAGUCAGGUUCAAUGAGUCCUCACUGGAGUUCUCUGAAAACUGCUUAUAGUGGAUUUCUAACACAACGUAAUGAUGAUCAAGGUGGUGACGAUCUUUUUACAGUUGUUUUAUUCAAUAACAACGCACGUCCCAUAUAUCAACGUCAACGUCUUGUUAAUACUCAUAAUCUACCAAUGUUAGAAGCUGGUGGUACUACAUAUAGUGCAGGUUUAAAAGUAGCAGAACAAUCAAUUGCUGCUGAUGGAACAGCAUCAUCGGUUGUCAUGAUUUUUAUGUCAGACGGUGCUAAUUGUGGUGGAGAAGAUCCUGUUACGUUGAUACGUCAAUUGAAGCAAAAAUAUGGUGGAAAUCACAACUUUAUUUGUCAUACAGUUGGCUUUGGUCCUGGUGUAGCCCCAGGAAGUGCAGAAGCUAAAUUGCUUGCUAAUAUGGCAUCAACUGGUGGUGGUCAAACAUAUUCAGCCAAGGAUGCUGGGCAGCUCAAAAGUGUAUUCGGUAAUAUUGCUGCGAAUAGCACUACAAGUGAUAAGCUUGUUCAACGUUUCUCAGAAAUUUUGGCACGUGAAAUUAGUGUCAAAAUCAUGGUCGAUUAUCUUUGA